AUGGGACGGAGCUGCUCCUUCCUCCUGCUCCUCUUCCUCCUGUCCCCGUGGCCCAGAGGCACCGUGGCACUCCUGCAGUACCGCCAUGACUGUGGAGAGCUGGGAAUGCAGCUCCUGGUCUUCCCGCCCCAUGGCCGCACUGUUCGCUUCAAGGUUCUGGAUGAGUUUGGCUCCCGCUUUGACGUGGCCAACUGCUCCAUCUGCCUCCACUGGCUGAAUUCCAGGGAGGACGGCUCUAUCAUCUUCUCCUCUGGCUACAAGGGCUGCCACGUCCUGUUCAAGGAGAACCGCUACGUCCUGCGGGUGCAGCUGGAGGAGCUGCUGUCCAGCGGGAUCCCCGUCACCUCCUACGAGGUCAACAUGACCUGCCCCAAGCCAGAUGGCUCUGAGAUGCUCCCAGAUGGAACCUGGGAGCAGACCCGGGACGGUGGAAUGGUGUUCUCCCACACCGGCCUGCACCAGGUCUCGGAGUCCUCCCUCACCCUCACGGGAUCCCACUUCUCAUCCCAAGAUCACGUGGAGCAGGUUCACAGCGUGGGACGGUACCAGCCCAGCUCAGUGCUUCCCGGGACCCAGCACCAUUCCAGUCCAGCCCACUCGGGGCUUCUGUCCCAGCCUGGUGGGGUUCAUCCUGUCAACCAGAUCCAGGGAAGCUUCUUCCACCCAGCAGUGCAGUCCCCCCAGCCUGGGGGCCAGAGCCAGCCAGGGUUCCUCCGCCCGGUGCUCGUAUCCCAAAACCAUCCCAGUUUGGGGCAUCACGGGGCGCAGACCCAGCCAGGGCACCUGCGUCCAGGGUCUGUAUCCCAAAACCAGCCUGGGAUGAUGCAUUCCAUGGGUCAGAACCAACCAGGGAUUCGUCCAGGGUCUGUAUUCCACAACCAGCCUGGCACGGUGCAUCAUGGGGGUCAAAACCAACCAGGGAUUCGCCCGGGAUCUGUAUCCCAAAACCAGCCUGGGAUGAUGCAUUCUGUGGGUCAGAACCAACCAGGGAUUCGCCCAGGGUCUCUAGGGAUGAUGCAUCAUGGGGGUCAAAACCAACCAGGGAUUCGCCCAGGAUCUGGAUCCCAAAAUCAUCCUGGGGGUCAAAACCAACCAGGGAUUCGCCCAGGGUCUGUAUCCUACAACCAGCCUGGCUUGACCUCCACUGGUGCCCAGACCCCGGCAGGAUUCCUGUACCCGGGAGCUCAGCCCCUAAACCAGCCAGGAAUAUCUCGUCCCAACCACCCCUCCAACUCCCAGACUGGGCUCCCAGGCCACGCUGGGCUGCUCCAUCCCGGCGCAGCUUUGGUGCACCCAGGACUCUCAUCCUGGCCAGGUUUCUUCAGCCCUGGACUCCAGGCUGAGCCCCAGCCAGGCCUGGGAGGCCCUGGGCUGCAGACCCAGCCUGGAUUGCUGCAUCCUGGGAUUCACACCCAGCCCAGCCUGCUGCAGCCCACAGCGCUCUUCUACCCCUCGCCAGGGGCAGGAACGCAGCUGACCCGGGAGCAGUGCCAGGUGCCGGUGGGCCGCAUGCCGUGCGUGGCUCCGCAGGGACGGGAUGCAUGCCUGCAGGCGGGAUGCUGCUACGAUGACAUGGACCGCACCACGCCCUGCUAUUAUGGGAAUACGGCCACCGUGCAGUGCCUGCUGGAGGGACACUUUGUCCUGGUGGUGCCGCGGGGAAUGGUGGCCCUGCCGUACAACCUGGACAGCGUGCGGCUGGCCAGCGGCCAGGCAGGAUGUGAGCCCCGCCACGUGUCCGAGGCCUUCGUCAUGUUCCGCUUCCCGGUCACCCACUGCGGCACCACCGUCCAGGUGAUCGAGGACAUGCUGGUCUAUGAGAACCAGCUGAUCUCCACCAUCGAUGUCCAGGGAUCCCCCCGUGGCUCCGUCACUCGGGACAGCGUCUACAUUCUCCGAGCUCGGUGCAUCUACAACUCCAGCGACCUCCUUCCCUUGGGAGUGGAGGUGGCCGUGCCCCCCACAGCCACCCCCCUGGCCAUGCUGGGCCCGCUGGGGCUCCAGCUGCGCAUUGCCACCGAUGAAUCCUACAGCUCCUACCACGCUGUGGGUGACUUCCCCCUGGUGAGGGUGCUCCGGGACCCCAUUUACGUGGAAGUCCGGCUGCUCCAGAAGACGGAUCCCAAUUUGGUGCUGGUGCUGCACCACUGCUGGGCCUCCCCUGGCUCCCACGCCACAUCCCAGCCCCAGUGGCCCAUCCUGGUGGAAGGGUGUCCCUUCCAAGGGGACAACUACAGGACACGGCUGAUUCCGAUGGGUCCGGCCUCUCCGGAGCUGCCCUUCCCAAGCCACUACCAGCGCUUUGUCAUCUCAACCUUCGCCUUUGUGGAGCCCCCUGGAAUGGCUGUGCUGCAGGGGGAGGUGUACAUCUCCUGCAGCGCCUCCGUGUGCCACCUGGCCCAGCCGGAGCCCUGCCGGCCCUCCUGCCAGCUGGGAGUGCCCUCACGAGUGCGGAGGUCUCCGGGGGAUAGGAGCACAGGUGACAGCAUGGGCACAGUCACAUCCCAAGGAUGCCUUGUCUUUCCUGAGGCUCCCAAGAGAGGGGGAACUCAGCAGAGAGGUUGA